AUGCAUGGCUACUUUUUCACGUUAGAAUGGCGUGGCGACGAGUCUCUUUGGCGCGGAGGGCCACCGGUGCACAUUACCAUAGCGACAGCGCGCGUCCAGUCCGUCCUCCUCUCCGACGGAAUUGCACGAUUAUUGCGUAUGCUGUUUUACCAACAAACCCCUGAUGUUGCGAUCAAUGCGAAACUUGCUAUAAAGGAGUGCCUAUGGUCUGUCAAUCGGCAUUCUAAUCAGUUCAAUACAUUAGUGACGCUCCCAGCCGAAAACCACAUACAACCCGAACAAUGUCCACUUUAA